AUGAUAACAACAAAUGUAUUAGAAGAGUCUUUAAGUUUUGGACCUUUACCAACAAGUUUAAUGAUAGCUGAACCAGCAUAUUUAAUUGCACAAACAACAACAGAUCGUUUAUCUGAAUUACCAACAAUCUAUGCUGAUCCUAAACGAUUAUCUGAUCCAAUACGUCUUAUUGAAUGGGUAUGUAAUCUACGUUGUGCUAGAUGUCCAAAUGAACAAAAUAUGGAAUUAGUUUAUUGUCAUCAAUUAAGUCAAUCAUUCUAUCGUACAACACGUAGAAUUGAAAUUGGUGAAGAAUUAUUAAUUUGGUUUCGAAGACAAGAUUUACAACCAUUAGUUACAGAAUAUUUGAAUCAUUUAUAUAUUUCAGAAGCAUGGAUAGGAAAUACAGUAAAAGCAACAGAUUUAUUACAGAAAGAUUAUGAACAAUUUGUAAAUCCACAUAAAUCUUUCAAUACAGAAUACUGCAAAUUUCAAUGUUCCAGAUGUCAUGAUGAAUUCACUUACAUUUAUCCCUAUAUAUCACAUUGUUUAUUUAAAUGUCAAAAACAAACUAUCAUUCAAAGUAUUCAAUGGUUCAAUCAUCAUAGAUUCAUAGAAUCAAAUGAGUUUCCUAUUGAAUUAACUAAUAAAUAUACAUAUCAAAAAAAUAUCGACUUAUUAUUACAUAACAAUAUGAAUACACCAUUAAAUCAGAACAAAUUAGAUCAUCUUGAGAAGAACACAAUUGAAAAUGAUGAUGAUUAUGAUGUUGAUGAUGAUGAUACUCAAUUAACUAUUGAAACUAGAUCUAAUAAAAUAGGGAAUCAAUUAAAGAAAGUGGGAAAUAAUGAGAAAAUGAAUGAAUUAACAUCUAUGAAAAAUUUCAAUCCUUUACGUAGAAAAUAUUUACAUAGAAUUCAAUCUAAUCAUAAAAUUGUCAAACCUUUUAAAACAUUAAAACAAACUACUUAUAUAGAUAAUAGUAGUAAUAAUUUUUAUACUAAAAAAUCUAAACUAAAAACUACAUUAUUACCGUUAAAAUCUCGUAAUCCAUUAGUGGAACAAUUAUUACAAACAAUCAUGUCACAUAAAAUAGAUUCAAAUGUUGAAAAUAAUUCAUCCAAUCUAAUUUCGAAUAUGACAUUAUCAUUAAAAAAGCCAAUAUCAUCAACAUCAUCAUCGACGACGAUGGCAACGAUGACAAUGACAACAACAACAACAACACCAACAUCACCGUUGAUAAGUAGUUUAGCAUUAGCACAAAAUUGGUGUGCACGUUGUUUUAUUACAUUUCGAUUAACUAGUGAUUUAGUACAUCAUAUGCGUACAUGUCAUAAUCAAGGUAAUAAAUAUUCUAAUGUAAAAGAUCGUUUAGUAUCACAUCAUAAAACAAUAAAUACAACAGAUUUAAUCAAUAAGAGAAAACAGUUAAGCAAUGAGAACGAUAAUGAUAAUAAUGAAAUUGGUUUAUUACACUCUAAUGGGCAAUCAUUGACAACGGUUAGAACAUCGCCACAAAUCACAAUAACAACAGCGACGAUAACGACGACGACAACAACAACUACAACAACAGUACCAUCUUAUUGUUCAACAUUAAACAAACCAAUUUGUUCUUUAUGUGGUGAACAAUUUAAAGAAAAACAUCAUUUAACUAGACAUAUGCUAUCACAUACAUAA